AUGGGUCGUACGGUAGGGUGUUUGUCUCAACGUAUUAAGGAGCACCACCUGCGAUGGUUGAGUCAGGGAAAAACCGGCUGUAUCUCAAGUGCCAUUGUGGAGCAUCUCGUCGACACCGGCCACAAGAUCGAUCCGGUGAAAGCUUUUGGUGUGGUUUAUCGCAUCCCAAUCAAUCGCUCAAGGGCGGCCCGAGUUUGGACACUGGCCAUGGCCGAGGCGAUCGCCAUUCGCUUACUAGACCCCGACCUUUGUGCCCAAAAGCGAUUGGUGCAAGCGCUCCAAUUGCCUUGGUUGUGUGAAAACCAAGACGGAACAUGA